UUGAACUGUGAGAACUACGCAAAAAACACAACCUCGUACAAUCAAUCGGUGUGUUGGCCAAUUAUACUUUUUAGACCGUCCAUUCGGCCUUUUAACGGCCGCAAUUUAUCAUUCCACCAGUGGGAUAACCAAUCCGUCUACGAUUCGUUCAUUCGAUUUGAUGGCAAAUUUGUAUUAGUACAAUUCAGAGAGUUACGAAUGGGAGUAAGGGCACCGGCUGCUGAGACAGUUGGUCGUCGUAUCAUGCUAAUUUGUUAUUAUGUCGGUGAUAAUGGUGCAGUGCGGGAGCAAAGGCAUAUAAUUAUUGUUGAUACUCAGGUUAUAUUGGAAACCACUUUGAGGCUCGUAGAUGCAUCAAGCGGUGCAUUAGUUCUGGAAUGUGGUCAAACGGAUAAUUUAUCGUUUUUGGUGAACGGGCACGCAGCUGCUGCACCGUUGUGGUUGUGUGAUACGAUCGAAGAUAUCCCAGAAUGGCCUGGCCCUCCGUACUGUUCAGCACUACCGCUACCCGUUUUCGGUGAAAAUUUCGUCUCAAGUCCAUUCCCGCCUGGUUGCUCGGUUCCGUAUUGUGCGCAUCAUAUUUUUCGUCCACUUACAAUUCAGCAGACGCACAAAAAUAGCUGUGAACCCACACAGCGAUUAUCUGCUAUUGCUGGAGCAUCGGACGAAAAUUCAUUCGCACUUAUUUGUAAAAUAUCGACUCCUUCUCCGAUCAUUUAUCAUAAUUUCUCCGAGAAAAGGAUUUGUCACAUACCUGUGCAAAUAGCAAUAACCAAUGAUGAUGUGCGUAAUCGACGAAACUGUUCGGUGACCGUGCAUUUCCAAGAUUCUUUUUUCGUCCGAAAGCAACCGCAGCCAGAAUUAGGCAGCCCGGGAGGCUCGGGGAUUGUUCCCCCACCUGCAGUUUCUGCAUUCAGCACUCCGCAUUUGCAUUCCCCAUCGCCAGUUGUACAACCAGUGGUUGUAGCGGAUCGCACACGGAUGCGUUCAACGAUAGCUUUUGGAAGUACGCGAAUUUUCGACAUUCAUCUCAGCGUUUACUGCUCAUCGGUCUACGAUAUUGCUCGAUUUCGGGUUAUCGGUCAAUUCGAUGAUGACGAUGAGGCGGCUGCAGUUUCUAUACGUGUUCCGUGCGCAUAUGUUACUGUGAUUGAUCAACGGGUUCCGUAA